CUCCCAUGAGUGAUGUCUGUGUUUAACGGGAGCCAUGCCACCCUCUACUCCUUUAUCCUGCUCGGUAUCCCUGGUCUGGAAGCGUCCUACUACUGGCUCUCCAUCCCUCUUUCUUCAAUGUAUGUCAUCACAUUGCUAGGAAACUGCACCAUACUGUAUACCAUCAAAACAGAGCAGAGCCUCCACAAGCCCAUGUACAUCUUCCUCUGCAUGCUCGCUGGCAUAGACCUGGUGCUCUCCACCUCCACCCUGCCCAAGAUGCUCUGCAUUGUCUGGUUUCAAGCUGGGGAAAUAGAUUUUGGUGCCUGCAUGGUCCAGAUGUUCUUCAUCCACUCCUUCUCCAUCAUGGAGUCGACAGUGCUUGUAGCAAUGGCCUUUGACCGUUACGUAGCUAUUUGCAAUCCUUUGAGAUACGACUCCAUCCUAACCAACCCAUUGCUGGCCAAGAUUGGAGCAGGGGUCAUCCUGAGAGGCACAGUCUUCAUCAUCCCAAUCAUCAUCUUGGCAGCCCGUCUUCCGUACUGCAAGACCAACGUCAUCCCCCACACUUACUGUGAGCACAUGGCUGUGGUGAAGCUGGCCUGCUCAAGCAUCCUUGCCAACGUUGUCUAUGGACUUCUGGUGGCUCUCCUCGUAGUGGGGGUGGAUUUGCUGUUCAUCACUUUGUCCUACUGCAUGAUUGCCAGGGCUGUCAUGGCUCUGCCAUCAAAAGAUGCCCGCUAUAAGGCUUUCAGCACCUGCGCAGCUCACGUGGUGGUGAUCCUGGUCUCCUACACCCCAGCUCUUUUCACCAUCUUAACACACCGGUUUGGCCAUCAUGUGCAGCCUCAUGUUCACAUCCUUCUGGCCAACUUCUACCUCCUUUUCCCGCCCAUGCUGAACCCCAUUGUGUAUGGUGUUAAGACCAAGGAGAUCCGUGAACGAGUGACCCACAUAGUUCUCAGGAGGAAGCGACCUACAUAA